AUGAUGAACAUGAAAUUAUUAAGUUUACCAUGCAGAUAUACUCUGAGCAGGCAUCUGUAUUCCAGUUGUUCAGUAAAAGACAUUUUAAAUACUCAACCCGAGGGUUGUAAAAAAAAAUUAAAGGGUUGGGCCAAAGCAAUGCGAAAAAUGAAAGAAAACAUAUUUGUGGACUUAGAUGAUGGUUCUACACAUCGUCGUCUACAAGUAGUAAUACCUAAAAAUAAGAUUCCAGCUUCAUUGACCUAUGGAUGUUCCUUUGAAGCUGAGGGUGUCUUAGUUAGAAACCCUAACUAUCAACUGGAAUUGGUAGCAGAAUCUAUUAAUGUUUAUGGAUCAUGUGUUGUCCAAGAUGGUUAUCCAUUUGCACCUCGAAAAACUUACCAUCCAGAAUAUGUCAGGCAACAUUUACAUAUUCGACCACGUACAGCAACAUUUAGUAGUCUACUUAGACUCAGAGACAAAUUGUCUAGUGCUGUUAGAAAUAGAUUUGCUGAAGACAAUUUUAUAGAAAUAAAUGCUCCAGUAUUAUCUUCUAAUGAUUGUGAAGGAGCUGGUGAAGUAUUUGCAGUUAAACCAGAUAGUGAAAAUUUAGUUAAAGAAAUGAUUUCAAAAGAUCAUCAGUCACCUAUGGAAGCUUUCUUUAAUGGGCAAACGUAUUUAACAGUAUCUGGACAGAUGCAUUUAGAAUGUAUGGCGCGGGCUCUAACUAAAGUUUACACAUUAGGCCCAACAUUUAGAGCAGAAAAUUCAAAGUCUAGAUUACAUUUAUCAGAAUUUUAUAUGAUUGAAGCAGAGCAAGCUUUUAUUGACAAUACAGAAGAACUCUUGAGUUCAAUAGAAAAAACUACAUCUACAGUUGUAAAACAACUUUUGGAGAAAUCUAGUGAUGAAAUAGGCCAUUACAGAAACAUCAUAGGUGCUUCUAAAGACAAUGACCCUGUGAAUAUGGUAAAUGUUCCUUAUGAAGUAAUUAGUUACCAAAAAGCAUGUGAUGUAUUAGAAAAAGAAAAUUGCUUUAAAAAUUCAAUGAUUCGAGGAAAACCUUUGGCUAAAGAACAUGAAUUGUUUUUAGUGAAAUAUAACGGUCAGAAACCUAUUUUUGUCGUGGACUGGCCCAAAGAUUUAAAACCAUUUUACACUAAAGCUAUACCUAAUAACAAGUCAUUGGUGUAUGCUGUAGACCUAUUAUGUCCAAAUGUUGGUGAAUUAUGUGGUGGAAGUGUGCGUGAAGAUGAUUAUGAUGUUUUGAAAGAAAAAUUAUCUUUUGUAGGAUUAGAAGACAAACUUCAUUGGUAUUUAGAAUUAAGAAAAUUUGGAAAUGUGUCUACUGCUGGUUUUGGCAUAGGUUUUGAACGAUUUCUUCAAGUAUUGUUAGAUGUACAGAAUAUUAAAGAUACCAUUGCAUUUCCUCGAUGGCCACAUAACUGUAAAAUGUAA